GGCUGGAGGCUGGACGCAGCCCGUGGGGCUGGUGCCGCCGCCAGCGCCGGGCUGACACCGCAGCCGCACCGGAUGCUCUCAGGAGCUGGGGUCCCGGCUGGGCAGGAGGAGUGGAGAAAGUGAGGGCUGGGAGGUGGGCAGAACUGGCCAAGGAGCUGCCAACGGCGAGAAGAAAGCUGGGGAGAAAAGGAGAGGGAGUUUGAGCCAAGACAUCAGGCCGAGGCAGCCGGGGAAAUGUCAUCGUUGGUGAAGGAGGACUUGCAGAAGAAGCUGUUCAAACCGCUCUCGCAGCAUCUGUACGAGUUCAUCGAAAUCGAGUUCUCGGUGCAGGACAGGUACUACCUCUGCGUGUCAGUGACCAAAAAUGAAGAAGUAAAAAUAAUUAUGGUGAAACACUACAGAAUAGGUUUAGAUGAAAAAUAUGAAGUAACAAAAAAGUGGUCUUUGAACGAUCUGCAGAUGAUUGAUGGAAAAGAAGCAGAUACUGACAAUCCGUUUUUUGAUCUGCACUUCAAGAAAGUGUACAGUCUGGAAGCCUAUAGUUGUGCUUCUAAAUAUGCCUUCGCUCGGACUGUGAAUAAGCUGAAUCACGCGUAUCUCAAGAAGGACUUACAGAUUGUGAACUUUGAUUCUACAUACAUGAAUGAUGAUUCCAUUUGGUCCUCCAACAACAAGGACUGCUUGGUCCUUCUGAGAAUAUGCUUUUACGCCUUCAAUCUUGUGUGCUUAUCCCUCUGUCCUCUACCGCUUUGAAGAUGUAUGCCAUAUUUCUUCACUGGUUGUCUCCUGGGCAAGUGGUCCCCCAGGUGCAUAUCAUUAGUGAAAAUUUUGUUUUGUCACACACAUCACCAGUGACUAUUAUUUAUAUGAAAAUAAAGUGACGCUUUAUGAAUUACAAUGAAAUGUGUUUUAAUGCAACCAUUCAAUAUUUGGGAUGUUUUGCCAUUGUGUUUCUUGGCAAAG